CUGAAGGGAAGCAGCUGACCAGAACACAUAUACAAUACUCGUUAGAGGUUUUUCUAAAAAGAAAAGAAUAACAGAACCUGUGAAAUUCCUUCAGCUGCAGAAGAGACAUUCUCAGUAGGGCUUCAAGUUGAUACUCUGUGUUUGCUUGCAGGAGGAGGUGCAUACGAUCAGUCUAUCAGUCUCUAAUGGAAAAAGCCUUCAGAUAGGCAGAUUGCAUGCUAUUAGAAGGCCAGCUCAAACACCCUUCCAGGAGACAUUCUAACUGUUUUAUACAACAGCUGUUUUGGUACAGUACAUGUAUUAAACGGAGCCUAUGGAAAAGCUGCAAAAAUCUUAUUCAUUGUGGAAUGGAGUACAUGAAAGCUCCUAUUGAAUGUCUGCAGGGUGGGGGAAAAAAUAAAGCAAAUAAAGCUAAGUACCAGCCCUGAAGGAGGAGCAGAGGACGAGCAUCUCAUGGUGUGUUGUUGUUGUUGUAUUAAAUGAGGGCUUACCUACCACGGAAGAAGUUGAUCUGCAGAGACUUCAUUUCCUCUUCUGACCCCUCGUUUACAUCACUAACUGGUGACAGUUACAUCUACAUACAUAGUACCUGCCACUUCAACUGCUCAGAAUUAUAGAAGCCUCUUUGUAUGCAGCAGACAUGGCUAGCCAGCAGGAUUCAGGCUUCUUUGAAAUCAGUAUCAAAUAUUUACUGAAAUCCUGGAGCAAUACCUCUCCAGUUGGUAACGGAUACAUCAAACCACCAGUUCCACCUGUUUCUGGCACACAAAGGGAAAAGGGACCUCCAGCCAUGUUGCCCAUCAGUGUUGACCCAGACAGUAAACCAGGCGAAUAUGUCCUGAAGAGCUUAUUUGUUAACUUUACGACUCAGGCUGAGCGCAAAAUUCGCAUCAUCAUGGCAGAGCCCUUGGAAAAGCCACUGACCAAAUCUCUGCAACGAGGAGAAGAUCCCCAGUUUGAUCAAGUAAUAAGCUCAAUGAGCUCCCUUUCAGAGUAUUGCCUACCCUCUAUUCUGCGCACUCUUUUUGAUUGGUAUAAAAGGCAAAAUGGCAUAGAAGAUGAAUCUCAUGAAUACAGACCAAGAACAAGCACUAAAUCCAAAAGUGAUGAACAGCAGCGAGACUAUCUAAUGGAAAGAAGAGAUUUAGCCAUUGAUUUUAUUUUUUCUUUAGUAUUAAUAGAAGUUUUGAAACAGAUUCCACUUCAUCCUGUCAUAGACAGUUUGGUACAUGAUGUUAUUAACUUGGCUUUCAAGCACUUUAAAUAUAAAGAAGGGUACCUUGGUCCUAACACUGGAAAUAUGCACAUUGUUGCAGAUCUGUAUGCAGAAGUAAUAGGUGUGCUAGCACAAGCUAAAUUUCCUGCUGUGAAGAAGAAAUUCAUGGCAGAAUUAAAAGAGCUGCGGCAUAAAGAGCAAAGCCCCUAUGUGGUUCAAAGCAUUAUCAGUCUAAUAAUGGGGAUGAAAUUCUUUCGCAUUAAGAUGUAUCCCGUGGAGGACUUUGAAGCCUCUCUUCAGUUUAUGCAGGAAUGUGCACAUUAUUUCCUUGAAGUGAAGGACAAAGAUAUCAAGCAUGCAUUAGCAGGACUGUUCGUUGAAAUUCUUGUACCUGUAGCUGCUGCUGUUAAAAAUGAAGUGAAUGUCCCCUGUCUGAGGAACUUUGUUGAAAGCCUGUAUGACACAACACUUGAGCUUUCUUCUCGAAAGAAGCACUCACUGGCUUUGUAUCCUUUGGUAACAUGCCUGCUUUGUGUCAGUCAGAAGCAAUUCUUUUUAAACAGAUGGCAUAUUUUCCUCAACAACUGCCUAUCCAAUCUCAAAAACAAGGACCCCAAAAUGGCUCGAGUUGCACUGGAGUCUCUGUACAGACUACUGUGGGUUUACAUGAUUAGAAUUAAAUGUGAAAGCAAUACAGCUACCCAGAGUCGACUUAUAACCAUUGUCACAACGCUAUUCCCAAAAGGGUCCCGUGGUGUGGUGCCAAGGGAUAUGCCUCUAAACAUCUUUGUGAAAAUUAUACAGUUCAUUGCACAGGAACGUUUAGAUUUUGCAAUGAAAGAAAUUAUCUUUGACUUUCUUUGUGUUGGAAAACCAGCAAAAGCUUUCAGUCUCAAUCCAGAGAGAAUGAAUAUUGGUCUGAGAGCUUUCUUGGUGAUUGCUGAUAGCUUGCAGCAAAAAGAUGGUGAACCUCCAAUGCCAGUUACUGGAGCUGUCCUUCCCUCUGGAAACACUCUAAGAGUGAAGAAAACUUACCUAAGCAAAACUCUCACAGAGGAGGAAGCUAAAAUGAUAGGUAUGUCAUUGUAUUAUUCUCAAGUAAGAAAAGCUGUGGACAACAUACUAAGACAUCUUGAUAAAGAAGUCGGACGAUGUAUGAUGCUAACUAACAUACAGAUGUUAAACAAGGAACCUGAAGACAUGAUCACUGGUGAGAGGAAACCAAAAAUCGAUCUUUUCAGAACAUGUGUUGCUGCUAUUCCUCGAUUGCUUCCUGAUGGAAUGUCAAAACUUGAGUUGAUCGACUUGCUGGCAAGACUCUCUAUUCACAUGGAUGAUGAACUUCGGCACAUUGCACAAAAUUCUCUUCAGGGUCUACUUGUUGACUUUGUUGACUGGAGAGAGGAUGUGCUCUUUGGUUUUACUAACUUCCUACUACGUGAAGUGAAUGAUAUGCAUCACACUCUUCUUGAUACUUCCCUGAAGUUGCUGCUACAGUUGCUUACACAAUGGAAACUUGUAAUACACACUCCAGGAAAAUCCAGUGAACAGACAAAAAGCAGAUCAUCAGAGCAAGCCAUGACGAAUUUUAUUUUUAUUCCCUUAGUUCACCAUCGGAGAUUUCUCUUCCCUCAGCAAAGCUUGAGGCACCACCUUUUCAUCUUAUUUAGUCAAUGGGCUGGACCUUUCAGUAUUAUGUUUACACCACUGGAUCGUUACAGUGACAGAAAUCACCAGAUUACAAGAUACCAGUAUUGUGCAUUAAAGGCAAUGUCAGCUGUACUCUGCUGUGGCCCUGUAUUUGACAAUGUGGGUCUUUCCCCUGAUGGCUAUCUUUAUAAAUGGCUUGAUAACAUUCUAGCUUGUCAAGAUUUACGAGUUCAUCAGCUUGGAUGUGAAGUUGUAGUCUUGUUGCUGGAACUAAAUCCGGACCAAGUAAAUCUUUUCAACUGGGCUAUAGAUCGGUGUUAUACUGGAUCAUACCAGCUUGCUUCUGGAUGCUUCAAAGCCAUUGCGACUGUGUGCGGAAGCAGGAACUAUCCUUUUGAUAUAGUGACACUUUUAAACCUAGUGCUAUUCAAGGCAUCCGACACCAACAGAGAGAUUUAUGAAAUUUCCAUGCAACUUAUGCAGAUUCUUGAGGCAAAGCUUUUUGUUUAUUCAAAGAAAGUUGCUGAGCAAAGACCUGGCAGUAUCCUGUAUGGUACACAUGGCCCAUUACCACCUCUUUACAGUGUAUCAUUGGCACUUCUUUCAUAUGAGCUAGCAAGGAUGUAUCCUGAGCUCACCCUUCCACUUUUUUCAGAGGUAAGUCAACGAUUCCCAACAACCCAUCCAAAUGGGAGACAGAUCAUGCUUACCUAUCUGCUACCAUGGCUUCAUAACAUCGAACUUGUAGACAGCAGACUUCUUCUCCCAGGUUCAAGCCCUAGCACCCCAGAGGAUGAAAUAAAGGACAAGGAAGGGGAAAUAGCUGUCACAUAUGGACUGAAAGGAAAUGGAUGGGGCUCUCCGGAGGCCACAUCGUUGGUGCUUAAUAAUCUCAUGUAUAUGACAGCUAAGUAUGGAGAUGAAGUUCCUGGGCUAGAGAUGGAAAAUGUCUGGAAUGCCUUGGCCAACAAUGAGAAAUGGAGCAACAACCUUAGAAUAACACUGCAAUUUCUAAUUAGCUUGUGUGGGGUUAGCAGUGAUACCAUCCUUUUACCUUAUAUCAAAAAGGUUGCCAUAUAUUUGUGUCGGAAUAACACUAUUCAAACAAUGGAAGAGCUGCUUUUUGAACUGCAGCAGACCGAUCCAGUAAACCCUAUUGUCCAGCAUUGUGAUAAUCCACCUUUUUACCGCUUUACUGCCAGCAACAAACCCUCAGCUGUUGCUUCUGGAACUACCUCUAGCAGUAAUACUGUUGUAGCUGGCCAAGACAGUUUUCCUGAUAUAGAGGAGAGCAGGAUGGUGAAGGAAACUGAUGAAAGGUUCAGUAAUGUAAUCAGAGCACAUACUCGACUAGAAUCAAGGUACAGUAAUAGCUCUGGAGGAUCUUAUGAUGAUGAUAAAAAUGAUCCUGUUUCUCCAUAUACUAGCUGGCUGUUGAAUAUUGUGGAGACCAAACAGCCACAACCCUUGCCAAUGCCUUACAAUGGAGGAUGCUGGGCACCACUUGUUGACUACCUCCCAGAAACUGUCACACCACGGGGACCCCUUCAUAGGUGUAAUAUUGCUGUUAUUUUCAUGACUGAGAUGGUAGUGGAUCACAGUGUGAGAGAAGAUUGGGCCCUUCACCUCCCUUUAUUACUUCAUGCUCUAUUCUUAGGUCUUGACCAUUACCGCCCUGAGGUCUUUGAACACAGUAAAAAGCUACUGCUUCAUCUUUUGAUUGCAUUGUCUUGCAACAGCCAUUUUCAGGCCAUUGCCUCAGUGCUUCUUCAGACCAGAGAGAUGAAUGAAACCAAGACUCUGACAGUCCAACCAGCCUAUCUACCUGAAUUCCUGUAUACAGGUGGUUUUGACUUUCUACGGGAGUACCAGUCAUCACCAGUGCCAGAUUCUGGUUUAAGCUCCAGCUCUACCUCCUCAAGUAUCAGUCUAGGAGGCAGCAGUGGAAAUCUCCCACAGAUUACCCAAGAGGUGGAGGACAUGGACACAGCUCCUGAAACAGAUGAAAAGGCAAACAAAUUAAUUGAAUUUCUGACUACCAGGGCAUUUGGUCCACUCUGGUGCCAUGAAGAUAUCACACCCAAGAACCAGAAUACAAAGAGUGCUGAUCAACUUACUAAUUUUCUGAGACAUGUUGUGUCUGUAUUUAAAGAUUCCAAGUCAGGUUUUCAUUUGGAGCAGCAUCUGAGUGAAGUUGCUUUACAAACGGCUCUUGCAAGCUCUUCAAGACAUUAUGCAGGUCGAUCUUUCCAGAUAUUCAGGGCACUAAAGCAACCUCUUUCUGCACAUGCAUUGUCUGACCUUCUGUCAAGAUUGGUGGAAGUUAUAGGAGAACAUGGAGAUGAGAUUCAGGGUUAUGUAAUGGAAGCACUACUUACCUUGGAGGCUACAGUGGAUAAUCUGUCUGAUUGUUUGAAGAACAGUGAUCUCCUGACCGUAUUAUCUCGUUCAUCAUCACCAGACUUAACAUCAAGCACUAAACUGACUGCAAAUCGGAAGAGUACGGGCCAACUGAACGUGAAUCCUGGGGCUGUAAGUGGUAAUACAGCCACUGCUGAACGAAGCAGACACCAGAGGAGCUUUUCUGUACCCAAAAAGUUUGGUGUUGUGGACAGAUCCUCAGAUCCACCACGCAGUGCCACACUAGAUAGAAUUCAGGCAUGCACCCAGCAAGGCCUCUCCUCUAAAACCAGGAGCUCAUCCUCUCUAAAAGACAGCCUCACUGAUCCUUCUAAUAUUAAUAAUCCAACCAACCUGUUGGCCACCAUCUUCUGGGUUGCUGUAGCUUUGAUGGAAUCUGAUUUUGAAUUUGAGUAUCUAAUGGCUUUACGAUUGUUGAAUAAACUACUAGCUUAUUUGCCACUGGAUAAAGUUGAAAAUAGGGAGAAGUUAGAAAAGUUACAAGGACAGCUAAAGUGGUCAGAUUUCUUGGGGCUGCAACAGCUGUUGCUAAAAGGAUUCACUUCUCUUACCACCACUGACCUCACGUUACAGCUCUUCAGUUUGCUGACACCAGUGUCACGAGUAUCCAUGGUGGAUUCCUCUCAAAUUAUAGGGUUCCCACUGAAUGUCUUGUGUCUCCUGCCUCAUUUAAUUCAACAUUUUGAUAGCCCAAACCAGUUCUGUAAGGAUAUAGCAGAGAGAAUUGCUCAGGUUUGUCUGGAAGAAAAGAACCCCAAGCUAUCAAAUCUUGCACAUGUAAUGACCCUUUAUAAAACUCACAGCUAUACAAGAGACUGUGCUACAUGGGUAAAUGUUGUUUGCCGUUACCUCCAUGAAGCAUUUGCUGACAUUACCCUGAGUAUGGUUACAUAUUUGGCUGAGCUACUAGAAAAGGGCCUUCCCAGCAUGCAACAGUCCCUCUUGCAGAUGAUCUACAGUCUUCUUAGUUAUAUGGACUUGUCAGGUAUUCCUGUUAAACAAUUUAACAUGGAAGUGUUAAAGACAAUUGAAAAAUAUGUGCAGAGCAUUCACUGGAGAGAAGCCUUGAACAUCUUGAAGUUGGUAGUUUCUCGCUCUGCCAGCCUGGUUUUACCUUCCUAUCAACACGGUGAUCUUUCAAAAAUGGAAAUACAUCGAGUGUGGAACAGUGCUUCAAAGGAACUGCCAGGGAAAACUUUGGAGUUUCAUUUCGAUAUUUCUGAGACUCCAAUUAUUGGGAGACGAUAUGAUGAGCUACAGAGUUCUGCUGGCCGAGAUGGUAAACCCCGGGCAAUGGCUGUCACUCGAAGCACUUCCUCAACCUCCUCAGGUUCUAAUUCCAAUGUCCUCGUUCCUGUGAGCUGGAAAAGGCCUCAGUAUUCUCAGAAAAGGACAAAGGAAAAGCUGGUACACGUCCUUACCCUGUGUGGUCAAGAUGUGGGGCUGAGCAAAAAUCCUUCAGUAAUUUUUUCUUCAUGUGGUGAUUUGGAUCUGAUUGAGCACCAGACAAGCUUGGUGUCUUCAGAAGACGGAACAAGGGAACAAGAGAACAUGGACGAUUCAAACAGUGAACAACAGUUCAGAGUCUUUAGGGACUUCGAUUUCCUAGACGUUGAACUGGAAGAUGGGGAGGAACUUCAGGGUGAGAGUAUGGACAAUUUCAACUGGGGAGUGCGCAGACGUUCCUUAGAUAGUCUGGACAAAUGCGAUAUGCAGCUUCUGGAGGAAAGCCAGCUUUCAGGAAGUACGCCCAGCCUAAAUAAAAUGAACCAUGAGGACUCCGAUGAGUCAUCAGAGGAGGAGGACCUAACAACAAGCCAAAUAUUGGAACAUUCAGACCUAAUCAUGACUCUUUCCCCCUCUGAGGAUACAAUUCACAUGGACUCUCUUUCUACAUCAUGUGAUACCACCGCAGCUGUCCCGCAUCAUUUUAAUACAAGAACAUCUAGCUUUGAAGUGUCUUUGCCUGACAUGAGUAAUCACCAGGUGUCUGAGGGUUCUAAGGCCGAAGCUGCACAUGAAGAGGAAGAUACAACAGUACAUGAAGAUGACCUUUCUGGGUCUACAAAUGAACUCCCAGCAGCAUUUGAAUGUAGUGAUAGCCUUAGCCUGGAUAUGACAGAGACUGAAGAAAAAGGGGACAGAUUGUUGGAGCAGUUUGCUCUUGCCAGUUUUGGUGAAGGUGACAGAAAUGCCUCCCCUCCUCCCUCUCCGUUCUUUUCUGCCAUCCUUGCUGCAUUUCAGCCAGCUGCAUGUGAUGAUGCAGAAGAAGCCUGGCGUAGUCAUAUCAACCAACUCAUGUGCGAUUCUGAUGGGUCCUGCGCAGUUUAUACAUUUCAUGUGUUCUCCUCUCUGUUUAAGAAUAUUCAGAAAAGGUUCUGCUUCCUAACUUGUGAUGCUGCCAGUUACCUUGGCGACAACCUACGAGGAAUAGGCUCAAAGUUUGUGAGCUCUUCUCAGAUGCUAACUUCCUGUUCAGAAUGCCCCACUCUUUUCGUAGAUGCUGAAACACUUCUCUCUUGUGGACUUCUUGAAAAGCUAAAAUUCAGUGUUCUAGAACUACAGGAGUAUUUGGACACAUACAACAACAGGAAAGAAGCAACUCUCUCAUGGCUUGCAAACUGCAAAGCAACGUUUGCUGGGGGUUCACAAGAUGGAGUUAUUACUUGUCAGCCAGGGGACUCUGAAGAAAAGCAAAUGGAAUCUCUUGCACAAUUGGAACUGUGUCAGAGAUUAUAUAAACUCCACUUCCAGCUGCUGUUGCUUUUUCAGUCGUACUGUAAACUCAUUGGACAGGUGCAUGAAGUUAGUUCCAUGCCAGAGCUCCUAAAUAUGUCAAGAGAACUGAGUGAAUUAAAGAAAAAUCUUAAAGAUGCUACUGCUGCUAUUGCAGCUGAUCCUCUAAAUAUGGAAGCUGCCUUAUCUGAGCCCACAUUCAGUUCUACAGAAGCAGCCAUUCAAUCCAUGCUGGAGUGUUUAAAAAGCAAUGAACUUAGUAAAGCUUUACUACAGAUAAGAGAAUGCAGGAGUUUGUGGCCAAAUGACAUCUUUGGAAGCAAUUCUGAUGAUGAGGUCCAGACACUACUGAAUAUUUACUUCCGGCAUCAAACACUGGGCCAGACUGGCACUUAUGCACUAGUGGGCUCCAACCAGAGCCUGACUGAAAUCUGUACCAAACUAAUGGAGCUGAAUAUAGAGAUUCGCGACAUGAUUCGCAGAGCUCAGAGUUACCGGGUCAUCAAUACUUUUCUUCCAGACUCCAGUGUUUCCGGCACAAGUCUCUGACAGGAGUCUUGUGUCCCCUGUCUCUUUCAAGCUGGGAGUGCUGCCCUGCUGGAGUGAGGUGGUUCAGUGUCUUCUCAGCCUUAGAAAAGUUUGGUCAAGCUGUACUCACUCUUGCUACAUUUAGGACUUCUUCUAAAAAGAGAUGGGCAGAACUUCAAAUGUGUAGCAAUACUGUAAGGACAAAGGAAGCAUAGAAUAUCCAGGACAGAAUCCUUUGUUCUGUGUUGCACAAAAAUUGGUUAGCAUUUCACUGAGCAACUGCAACUCACUACUGAAGAAGUGACUUCCAUUGCAUACCAAAGCCUACUACACUGAACAGUACUUCCUUUUUAGAAAAUUAUUUUAGAUUGGCAAAAGUGCAAUGUUUCCUUCACUAUAGAAUAUUUUUUCUUAUAAAACGUGAACAUUUUUUCUCUUUUUUGUGUUGUUUGGUUGAGCGAAAGCUGGGCAAAAUGAAGCUGGCCACAGAACAUUGCAAAAUUGGUCGAAAGCUGAGAGCCUGUGUAUAUGAAACAAAUUGUAAAUGGACUACAAUUUACUGUACACUGUAAUUUGAAUAUGAUUACUGUAUCUUAAAACAAUGAGCUGCUAUGAAAGUACAUUUCCUAAUGUUGCUAGGCUACUGUUUCUGAAGGUACUGGAUCAUAUUGCAGAGGUCUGUUCUUAGGCCCUGAAUGCCAUGAAUGGUCUAGGUAGAUUUUCUCUUUUUUUCUUCUUUUUGUUAAGGACUUUGGCUGCUUUUUACUAGAAGGUUGCUUUUAUUAAUAUAUUUAUACUAUUAAAGGAUGGUUGAUCUGAUUUACCUUACCAUUUUGUAGGAAAAAGUCACAUCACAUAUUCAAAAUCUUUUGAACUCUCACGCAUGCAUAUUUUUAUUUAAUAUAAAUUUGGACUAUAAAAUUUAAAAUAUUAAUGUGAAAUGCAAGUUCUCACUUUACGUUCUUAAAAAGAUGUCUUAUUUGAUUUGUUAUAUAUAUAUAUAUAUAUAUAUAUACCAUAAAACAUACAAGAAUGACUUAUAUUAUAUAUAUAUAUGUCAUUCUUAUAUGUUUUUGUUUCCUUACAUUUAACUGCUGUUAAAUGUGUGCAUGUAAAUCUGUUGCACAUCUGAGACACUCUUAUUCAGACAUUAUAUAACUUAUUCAGGCUGUAAAUACACUUAGUUUUUUGUGAAGUAACAUUGGUUGAUAUUUUGAUCAGUACAUUCAUUUAACUAAAAUAUAAAAGUCGUAUAUCACAACUGUGUAUGUGCUGAUUGGUUUGCUGAAGAUCUUGUUCUCGACUGAGUCUACAAUACUGACUCAAGCUAUUAAUAACAUGCAGACACUGAAAUGUUCAUAAUUAUUUCCUUCUGAAAAGUCUAAGCCCAUUAUACAGAAAGAAAGUGUAAGAUAUCUGUAUUCUAUUCCUUAGCAAUAACAUGUAAAGGGAAGAGCAAAUUGACUGUAGAUUUAAAAAAAAAAAGUUUCUAAAAUCUCA